AUGUGUUUGCGAAACCAAAACCUCGAGCCUAUUGUGUUAGAGGAGAGCUAUUUGCGUAUUGAUAGGACGGGUCGGUCGGAUGCGCCACUUGCCUGCACUGACGGCACUGCUCUCUCUAUUUGCAGAGCCGCCUCUAAAUCCAUUAAAUCCCUCCACAUACUGACAAGCGUUUGGAUGAGAGAGUGGUACAAAAGUGGCCGUAAGGCCGACACGUGUGCUCGCGAUGUGCUCUUCAGACGUAAUGCUGAUGUGAAGAGCAGUCAAACCGAUAGGAAAAGCUCGUGUUGUGAUCACUGAUGGGCAACAGUCUACGCGUCCAAUACGUGGUUGAGAUA